AUGAACAAACAAUCUACAGGAAGCAGCACUCUAAGUGAACUGCUUGAUGCUGCACCCAUUGACAUGGGUAAAUACGAGGCACUCUACAAGCACUUUCACGAACACCCGGAACUAUCCAAUCUUGAGGCUCAGACUGCCAAAACGGUUGCAUACCAAUUAUCGCAGCUCCUGGAUUUUGAAAUCACUACCAACAUCGGCGGCCAUGGCCUCGUCGGGGUUCUCAAGAACGGCCCAGGCAACACCAUCCUUUUACGCGCUGAUAUCGAUGCUCUACCAAUUUUAGAGGCAACUGGCCUCCCCUAUGCGAGCACCGUCACCAUGCUCGACGCUGACGGCAUUAUGCGGCCUGUGAUGCACGCGUGCGGUCAUGACAUGCAUAUGGCAUGUCUCCUCGCUGCGGCUGAAGCGCUUGUUAAGCUAAAGCACACAUGGAGCGGUACGUUGAUUGUGCUGUUCCAGCCUGCAGAAGAGCGUGGCACUGGAGCAAAGGCGAUGGUAGAUGAUGGCCUAUAUGACAAGCACGAGAUCCCCGUGCCGGACUUUGUGCUUGGCCAGCAUGUUAUGGCCAUGCGGGCAGGGAGCGUCGGGUCGAAGAUGGGAACAAUUAUGGCCGGCGCGGAUAGUAUGAAGAUUACACUGUCUGGACUUGGUGGUCACGGAUCGCAGCCACAUCGGACGAUUGACCCUGCUGUCAUGGCGGCUCAUGUCGUUGUACGUCUCCAGUCAAUCGUUAGCAGAGAGAUUAAUCCGAGCGACAUUUCCGUCGUAACAGUUGGGAGUUUGCAUGCCGGCCAGACAGAGAACGUCAUCGCAGAUUCUGCAGAAAUCGGCCUCGACAUACGCAGCGUGCGGCCGGAGACACGUGAGAAGCUCUUAGCUUCGAUCCGACGUGUGGUGAUAGCUGAAUGCGAGGCAAGCGGCGCGACAGUCGCACCGGUGUUCAAAAUGACUAGGCACUUGCCAGUUACAGUGAAUGAUGAGUCUAUGAUGAAGACGCUAGAAAUGAGUUUCAAGGAGCAUUUCGGUGACGACUUUGACUCGAAUAUAAUGGCAACUACUAUUGCAGAGGAUUUCUCGGUCCUCGCAUCUUCCCAGGGCAAGCCUUGUGCUUUUUGGCAUUGGGGAGGAAUCGAGGAGGGGCUAUGGGAUCAGAGACUGAAGGAAGGGAGGUUAGACGAUAUCCCUGCUAAUCACACGGCGAGAUUUGCGCCUGUCAUACAACCCACGAUGCGGACGGGUAUUAAUGCUCUUUGCAUUGCUGCUCUUACUUUCUUCAACCAGAAGUUGUAA